AUGGCUUCUAUCUCCGAGCGCACCUUCAUCGCCAUCAAGCCUGACGGAGUCCAGCGGGGACUGGUGGGAGAGAUCAUCAAGCGGUUUGAACAGAAAGGCUUCAAACUGGUGGCCAUGAAAUUAAUACACGCCUCUGAAGACCUUCUGAGGGAACACUACAUUGACCUAAAGGACCGGCCAUUCUAUGAUGGUCUGGUGCAGUACAUGCACUCGGGACCCGUUGUAGCUAUGGUGUGGGAAGGUCUUAACGUGGUUAAGACUGGAAGAGUGAUGCUGGGGGAAACUAAUCCAUUCGACUCAAAGCCUGGCACCAUUCGUGGUGACCUCUGCGUCCAAGUUGGACGGAACAUCAUUCACGGAAGUGAUUCUGUAGAAAGUGCUGAGACAGAGAUCAACUUGUGGUUCGCUCCCGACGAACUGGUUGAUUACAGAAGCUGUGCUCAUGAAUGGAUCUACGAGUAGAACGGAGCCGAUACCUUCUGAUAGUCUGUCUGUGAACAGCUGCUAGCCUCUAGCUGCCUCAACGCCCUUCAUAUAAACUGGUAGAAACCCGCCUCAGAAUUCUGUGAGAUUGCUCUGCUGGGAAUAGUAAAUAUAGUCAGUGUUUGCUGCUGCUUUGGUUAAAAAGCUGUCGAGUUAUAGAUGG